AUGUUCGAAGAUGACUUAGAUAUCGAUCAGGAAUUCGAAACCUCACAACCUGCUGCCAAGUAUGAUUGUCCACCCUCACGGGCCUCACCUACUCUGGGCGACAAUGAGUAUUUUGAUCGCAAGGCAGACGCUGAUAUCAUCAUGGGCAUGGAUGAGGAUCCUGUUGACAGAGACUUUUAUGUUGACGAGGAUGUUCCAUCUGAUGAUGAGUCUCUCGACAAUCAAAGUGAAGAUAUCGAGGGAGGUGACGAGCACGUUUGGGACCCAGAGGUGGAUCCUGAAUACUUAUCAAAUGAUGCUGUCCUCGAGGAUGGCCUUGCACAAGAAGACCAGAGCGAGCUGGAGGAUAUCCUCCCACAUGCAUUAUCAGAACAUCUGUCUCUUCUCAAUGGUUACUUGACUGUACUCAGAGGCAACACUUACCCUUACUCAUACAAUAAUGAACUCAACAAGGACAUUUGCACUUUGAUCCGCUCUACUGCAGUGCGCCAGUAUAAGUAUAACUCCACAUACGCGGAGUUUGAAACUACCUUUGCUCUUGAUGUCAUCCAAGUCGUUACCCAUCAUUCACAGUUGGAUGAUAGAGUGAGUGUAUUGACCCUCAUUCGAGCAACAGCCAUGCUGACUCUCCAAGUCGUUGCCCACCGUUCUCAGGAUGAUGAAGUCAGUGUGUCGACCCUCAUUCGAGCAACAGCCAUGCUGACUCUCCAAGUCGUUGCCCACCGUUCUCAGGAAGAAGCUCACAUGGGUGCGGGUAAGGGUGCGGGUGCGAGUGAGGUCUCCGACACCUUAGGGUUUACCCGUAUAGAUCCUUAA